AUGGACAGCAAAACAGCAGCGGACGAUGCCACGGAGCGCAAAAAGGCACUUCUAGUGUACAAGAGCAACCUCCAGUCCGUCUCGGAUGAUGAUGAUGAAGCCUCAGAUGAUGAGGAUUCGGCAUCCUUACAAAGUGAUGCGGUGGUUUCUCCUUUUUUUUCAAGAAGCGAUGACCGCAACAUGGAAGCACCUGGAAGCUUGGCGGUGGAAGAAAAUGACGAGGGGGAAGAAGGUGGCGUGCAAGUAGAGAAGGAUGACGAUGAGUUCUUAAACGUUCCAUCCGAUGACGACCUUGACAGCACAGCCACGCCGAGGCGCUCUGAAACUGACGAAGACGACGAAGAUUUGCUUAAGAGUGCAGAUUUCUCGAGCGCGCUUUCUUCACGUUUGUACAAGGGAGAAAAUCAGAAGAAGACGCAUGGGCACAGCGAGACAGACUCGGCGUCGGAAAAGGCCGUUAUAUACGUGCCCUCACCCAGUCCUAGUAAUAACGUGGAUGAUUCGACGCCAUUGAAACUUAAAUCAGGCACAUCGAAUGUGGGUGCAAUCAUCGCCACACGUCGCCGCACUGUUGCACGCAAAGAAUGCGAAGUAUGCCAUGAACCGCGCAAUGGGCGACGAGCACUCCUGUGCCAACAGUGCAAGUGCAUGUACCACUCGAGUUGCUUUCGUCGACAACAUCCAAAGUUAGUACCGAGCACCACACGCCAAUGGUCUUGUCCAGAUUGUGAGCCAGCUGCUACAAUUUCAACGACUGAUAAAUCUCCUGGUAGUACACCCAGCAAGCAGCGAAGUGAUUCGUCUGCGAAAAACCGCAGUAGUCGUAGUGCCAAGUCUUCCUUCACAAUUCGAGGCAAAAGUGAGGGUGAUGAAAGAUCAGGAACAGCAGGGGAUGGAAAUAGUCCCGCUUCAGAGAUAGAAAUACAGCGUGUGACGGAUCUAGCUUUGCGUGGCGGUAAUAACAUCAAUACCACAAUUUUGGAUCAGACUGGAGAAAUGCUGGUUAUCACACAAAAUCUUUCAAGGGAGUUGAUUGAUGUCAUGGGCCCGUACUGGCUCGGAAAUGCUAGAGAUCUCAGGCAUGAUAAGAGUGAUAAGAAUGGUGAUGAGAGACUUAGUACGAACAACAAUGAUGUGAAGUGUGAGCAACAACAACAGCAGCAACAGGAUACGGGUACGCCCCCUCCACCUCCACCUCCUUUUCUACUGGUUCCAACAUCGUCACUUGCACAUGCUUCUACUGCUGCUUCUUCACAGAUUGUUGCAACGAACGAUGGAAUCGCCACUGCAAUAAUUAAAGCUUCAGACAAAGAUCAUCUGCUACGUCGAGUAUACAAUGAUUUGGAUACUUUGAAGCGGUUGCUUGAGCAGCUGCAAGUUGCAGGCAUUCAGUUUGAGAUUGACCUCAUCAAGGAGAUCAAAGCCAUUCCCAAUCAAGAUUGUAAAACAGCAUCUAGUGGUAGUAAGAAGCAGGGAACAGGAACAGCUGGUCGAUCUGCAUCGGGCUCAAAGGGAAAAAGUGGUGCGAGCCGCUUGUAUUCAUCGAAGCAGAUUCAGAAAUUGGAAGAAUGGUACCAGCGAUCUUCGCGACCAGAGUCUAGUGAGAUCCACUCGAUGUACCGCAUUAUCAAUUGUCCAGAUUACGCGGAUUCAGAGUUACAGCCAGAAGGUAUAUCAGUGAAACAGAUACGCAUUUGGUUUGACAAUAGGCGUGCUAAGGAACGUCUAGACUACAUGCGCUUAAAAAUGAAGGACAUAUCAACUACGGACAUGGAUGCUGACAGUGUCAAGAAGAUGAAAGCCGCUUAUAUUGACGAGGCAAAGGAAGUACUCGAGGCUCGAGUGUCAAGAAUGCGCGACAAUGGUCAGGGCUCGAGUAAUGUCGUGGAUGAAGCCGACAUGGCUUUGAUCGCAAAUAUCGCUGACCAUCCCAUACAUGGUCGGACUAUGAACUCGAUUUUGUCUGAAACAGGAAAUAAAACCACUAUUUUGGAAGGCACUAGCAAAGAUGGAAGCGAAAAGCCUUCUGUUUCUGGUGGACCCAGCGCUUCAAAAAAGCGCAUUCGAAUUGAUUACGUCGCUUCUGUGAGAAAGGCGAUUAAGGAUGCUCGUGACGCUGGCAAAAAUGAAGAAGAAAUGAAAGCAUUACGCACUGCAGCAAUUGAGCGUGCACGAGAGAGACUGCAUGUUCCAUUUAAGAACGCUCGCACUGGGCCAUUUAAGCCUCUGGGCAAAGAGGAAUUAUCACACAUCAAGAUGAAAUUGUUAAAGCUGCUUGAAGAAGACGCACCUGCUGAGGAACUUACUGAUAUAAUUGAAUUGCUACUCUCGCUUCUCAUUCCGCGCGCCGUUCUGAUCGAGUCAGAUAUGCAGCGUCAAUUAGAUUUAGUGCUGCUAGCUCACAAAGAUAACAAAGAGCUUGUGCGGCAAACAAAAAAACUGCAAGAAGAAUUCAGAUCAACGGUGGAAAACGGGGAUAUACCGAGCGUAAUGACUGCGAGUGCCGAAGACAGGAACAGUAAGAAAAGACGAAAAGAAAAAGCGCGAUCACUACUGCUCAAUUUAGACACAGAAUCUUUACCAGGAACUCCAGUGUCAUCGCCAAACUCGGGUCCGACCCCUUCGCCGGAGUCGCGGCGACCGCGUGUCAAAUUCUCGCUGGCUCAACUCGUGAAACUCGAAAAGUAUUUUCACAAAGAAGACACACCUAGCAAAAAAAAGUUAGAUAAAAUCGCAGCGCGGCUGAAUGGAAUUGCGUCAUCGGACCCAUCAAGUGAUGUGGCUCAGAGGUCGAUUGAUUACAAGCAGAUUCGAUGCUGGUUCUAUAAGCGGCGAUCAGCGAAUCAGCCACCUCAGGCGCUAAGUGGUGCGGAUCUGCACAUCAACGACGUUGCUUCGAGCUCGUCGAGCUCAAGCGACACCGAGUCAGACAACGAUAGCAAAUCCGACAAAGUGUCUAAGUCACGCUCGAAGUCUAAGCCGAAAGCUCAAAACCAAAUUCUUGGGGCAAAGCGUAAAGCGCUUGAAAGUGACGAUAAAACCUGCAUCAAGCGAUACAAACAAGAAAAUUUUAACGCUCAGUCUGUAGAAAAUGACCUGGCGACAACAGAGUCAACAAGCUUGCUCUCUAUGAAAAGCGACGAAGGUUUCACGAGCAGUACUCAAGCUGGGCGAUUUUUCAACGUGAAGCAGCUUGCUACAAUAAUUGAAGAGUAUGAAAAGAAUCCGCGACCAACAGCGGCUCGACUGGAAGAACUGCAGAAGGUUUUAAAUCGAGAUGAUCAUACGGAUGAACACUCUGUAGACGAACUUGGCGUCACAAAGCAAGAAAUCAAGAUGUGGUUUUCAAACCGCCGUGCCAAGGAGCGUCUUGAUCUAAUUAAUAUGAAAAUUAAAGAAACGCGAGCAGGAAUUCUGUUGAGUGCAUGCUCAGAGUCAGAGGGCGACGAAAAUGAAAGUCACGUAAGCCCACCUGCCAGAGAUGCGUUUGGUGCUAGGCAACCAUUUCUUACCCCUGAGGAGGCAAAGGAAUGA